GCGCAACAUGGCCAGCCAGAACUUAAGUCAAGAACAGAUGCAACUGAUCCAAAUGGACCCUGUCCGGAGGAACAUUUCCCUGGCCCUGACCCAGAUUUUUGUAUGGCCCUUCAUCUACCUGACCUUCUUCAUGUUGUUAACGUUCACCAGGAAAGAGGCAUUCAGAACAGAGACGCGUUAUAUAUUAUUUGGCCACUCUCUGCUAGUGGACCUGUUGUUUCUUUUUGUGACAGAUAUAAUAGUCGUUCUGUCAUACAAUAUUAUUCUUAUACCGCUGCGCUUUUGCAUACCUGUGUGCAUGCUUAUGGAUACCGUGACCGCGUGCGCGCCCCUGACCAUCGCAGCCAUGUGUCUGGAGCGCUACGUGGCCAUAUGCAUGCCGCUGCGCCACCACGCCAUCUCCACGUCGAGACGCGCGCUCAUGGUGAUCCUCAUCAUCUGGAUCUUGAGCAUCAUAAACCCGUUUGUCGACAUGUUCAUCCUCAUCAGCACCGCGUCGCGUGAAUACCUGUCGCAGCUUACGCACUGUCACUAUGAGAUCAUGCUACCUGAUGAAAUAAGGCGCUUUUCUAGGGGUGUCCUGUUUAUCGUGGGUCUCUUUGUGAUCCUCAUUAUUGAGGUUGCUUGCUACGUCAUGAUAUUCCUCGCCGCUCGUGCGGCCUCGAAUGACAGGAAAUCGGCGUCAAAGGGCCACCGCACGAUUUCCCUGCACAUCCUUCAGCUUUUCUUGUGCUCUGCUGAGGUUGUGUGUCCUUAUAUUGAGAACGUAGUAUUGUAUUAUGACAUUCAAUCCUAUCUGACUGUCCGUUUUAUUAACUUUCUGGUAUUCAGUAUCACUUCCAGAGCAGUGAGUCCUAUUGUUUAUGGUUUUAGAGAUGAGAAAUUCAAUGCAGCUAUGGUUUACUACAUGAGAUGCAGAAUAGGCCCAAAUGUUGUCUCUUCUGGCACAGAGAAACAAACAUGAUUUUCUUUUGGUAAAUGCUAAAUCGACUGUUUAGCCAAAUGUGUGUGUUUUGUAAACGAUCAAAGUGCCCAUCAUAACAGGCAUCAUUUUAAGUCAUAAUAUGUGUUAAGCAAGCUAAUUUUUUAUAUUCUACAUGAAUAAUUCAUAGACCUAUCCUGAUCUUUUGUAUUACAGUUUAGGGUUGAUAAUAUGGGUCUCAAAUUUAGUAAAGAGUGACCUCUGUUGACUUGACUGAGCAUGACAGGCAGAAUAAUACACUGUUUCUUUUGCAAUGACUGGUAUGUUUUAAAUCCGUGUAAAAUGUAAUGAUUUCUUUGAACAAAAAAAUGGGGGAAAAUUUUCAAAACAAUGUUUUGCAAUUUGCAACUGACAAUAGUUGGCUCAGCAAAUGCCAACCGAUGUCUUAGCAAUUGUAUUUAGGAAAUAAAAA